AUGGUCUCUUCUGCUUUUCCGGUCCUACUAGACUGCGCUCGAGCUAUUGAAGAUGGGGAUCUGAAACUGGCCGAUUCACUACUUAAGCAGAUCUGGACUCUUACUGUUUACCAACCCAACGAACAACAAAGCAACGUUGUGAAAUACUUUGCGGAAGCUCUAGUUCGCCGAGCGUACGGGCUCCAUCCUGACUUUGACAAUUUCAAAUUGCAGAUGGGUUCUCCAUUAGAUUUUCUGUAUUGGUAUAUUCCUGUAGAAGAUGCCAUCAAGAAAGCCGUGGUGGGAAAGAAGCGAGUGCACCUCGUUGAUUUCCGCAUACCACAUCUAUAUGGAUGUCUUAUCAGUCCGUAUCUAGCCAAUCUCCUAUCAGUCCGUGUAAGUGUCAUAUUACCACGGUCCCUGAAAAAAAUUGUAAAUGUCCAAGAAGAACAGCAGUAUGUCACUGUGCAGGCCAAGAUAUAUGGAGUAAGGUUGGAGAAGUUAGAAGUGGUUUACGCUAAUAGUUUGAAAGAAGUGGAUGCGUCUAUGUUGGAUUUCAGAAGAACAGAGGAUGAGGCUGUGGUCUUCUUCUAUUUCUUUAAACUCUGUACGUUGCUGACAGAGGCAGGAGUAAUGGAGAGAGAGAUGUUAAAGUUGAGGGAUAUAAAGCCGGACAUUGUGAUAAUACAAGAGCAUGAUGCUAACUAUAAUCACUCCGAUUUCAUUACACGCUUUGAGGACUCUUUUCAAUAUUACUCUCAUGUUUUUCGUCUACAUCUAAGCUAUAAAGAAUAG